AUGGCGAUGAUCAUUGGCUUACUUGACAUCAUCAUAGCAUUCAUUUUCUUCCUCGUCUUGUAUUGUCUUUUCCUCCACAUGAGAACUCAAACGCCUUUCCCCACAAACUGGCCAGUCCUUGGGAUGCUUCCGGGUCUGCUCCUCCAAAUUCAUCGUAUCCACGACUGGCUCACCCAGGUUCUUGAGGCGGCCAAUAUGACGUUUCGUUUAAAAGGACCAUGGGGUAGUGGAACGGACAUAUUGGUUACUGUUGAUCCAGUGAAUGUCCACUACAUUCUAAGUUCACAUUUCGUUAAUUACCCCAAAGGUGAGGAGUUUCAGAAGAUUUUUGAAUUCUUGGGAGAUGGGAUAUUCAACGUCGACUCAGGUUUGUGGGAGGAAAUGAGAAACUCGUCUCAUGCCAUUUUUAGCCAUCAAGAUUUUAGAAGUUUCUCGGUGAGCACAAGCGUAAGCAAAUUAAGACAAGGCCUUGUUCCAAUUCUUGAAAACGCUUCUGAGAAAAACAUCCUUGUCGACUUGCAAGAUUUGUUCCAGAGAUUCUUGUUCGACACAUCUUCGAUUUUGAUGACUGGGUAUGAUCCAAGGUAUCUCUCCACUGAAAUGCCCAAGGUUGAGUGGGGCGCCGCCGUGGAAGGAGUUUCAGAUGGGAUUUUCUAUAGACAUUUCAAGCCGGCUUUCUUGUGGAGGCUCCAACACUGGAUCGGUAUAGGAAUAGAGAAGAAGAUGAGAAGCGGUAUUGAGGUUUUCGAUCAAUGGUUAGGGAAGAUCAUAUCGGCUAAACGCGAAGAGAUAAAAAAUCAUGAGAAAGGAGAUGCCAUGGACGUUUUAACGUAUUACAUGACCAUAAACACGGAGAAAUAUAAACUCUUGAAACCGGGCGAUGAUAAGUUCAUGAGAGACAUUAUUUUGGGGUUUCUAUUAGCGGGAAGAGACACCGUAAGCUCAGCUCUCACUUGGUUUUUCUGGCUUCUCUCCAAGAACCCUGAAGCAAUGGCCAAGAUCCGAGACGAGAUCAACAAGAAGAUGCCAAAGUUUGACCCAACAGAGUUACACAAGCUUGUGUAUCUAGAAGGCGCCGUGUGUGAGGCGCUAAGGCUAUACCCACCAGUCCUAUUUAACCACAAGUCACCGGCGAAGCCAGACGUGCUUCCAAGCGGGCAUAGAGUCGAUGAGAACUGGAAGAUAGUAAUCAGUAUUUAUGCAUUGGGAAGGAUGAAAUCCGUUUGGGGAGAUGACGCAGAAGAGUUCAGACCAGAGAGAUGGAUCUCAGACAGCGGAACGUUGAGACAUGAGCCUUCGUAUAAGUUUUUGGCGUUUAGCUCUGGUCCAAGAACUUGCUUGGGCAAGAAGUUAACGUUCUUGCAGAUAAAGACAGUGGCUGUGGAAAUCAUACGAAAGUAUGACUUUAAGGUCAUUGAAGGGCACAAACCCAAACCAGUUUCUUCUGUUCUUCUUCGCAUGCAAGAUGGUCUCAAAGUGAGUGUUACUAAGAUCUAG